CGACGGAUGAUUGAUCCAACACUAUAAACCGACCCCACAAAACCCUUCAACAAUCUCUCAUUUCCAUUUUCCCCCCAUUUUCUUUCUCCUCUCCCCAAACUCCGAUCAUUUUCAGAUGUCGUCCGCCGGCGUAGCGGUUGCGCCACCGCAAUCCUACUUCUGUUACCAAUGUAAUCGUACAGUUACUCUAACACCAACGCCCAAUUCCGAUCUCUCUUGCCCCAAUUGCAGCGGUGGUUUCCUCGAAGAAUUCGAUUCUAAUCCCCAAUUUCCUCAAAACUCUAACCCUAAUCGCUUUUUCGCUUCCUCCGCUGUCUACCCCGAUCCUUUCUCACUCUUCGCCGACCCUUGGUUGGCUCCUUCCUUCACCGCCGUCUCUCGUGGACCCGUCACCUUCUCUUCCACAACAAUCGACCUCCAAAACCCUAGGAACUUCUCUUCUUUUCUCUCCCCUCCUUCCCCUUCUCCUACCGCUUUUAGUCCCUUCGAUUUUCUACAGAAUUAUCUCCAGAAUCUUCGUGAAGGUGGCGCAAACGUCCAAUUCGUCGUCGAAGGCAAUCAGGGUGACCCGACCCUUCGCCUUCCAAACAAUUUCGGGGACUAUUUCUUGGGUCCGGGUCUUGAACAGUUGAUCCAGCAGCUCGCUGAGAAUGAUCCGAAUAGACAUGGAACUCCCCCGGCUUCAAAAGAGGCAAUUGAUGAUCUUCCAAAUGUUGUAAUCACUGCAGAUGUUGUGAAUUCGGACUCCAAUUCUUGUGCAGUGUGUAUGAAUGAAUUUGAGGUUGAUUCGAGUGUGAAACAGAUGCCCUGCAAGCACUUGUUUCACUCAGAGUGUUUGAUUCCUUGGCUUCAGCUUCACAACUCUUGUCCUGUUUGUCGGUACGAGUUGCCCACCGAAGACCCGGAUUACGAGAAUCGAAGACAGGGUGGGAGCACUGAGGGAUCAUCGGAAGGUGGGACUGGUGGAUCACAGGGAGAAAGUCGUAGUGGCGAGAGGAGGUUUAGUAUUUCGUUGCCAUGGCCUUUUAGGAUGUUUGGUAGCUCUGAAGGGAAUAACAGGGGUUCGGGAGCUCAGCAAGGUGGUGCUGGUGGUGGUAAUAGUUCGGAGCCAAGCCAUGAAAGCUUGGAUUGAAAUUGAGAAAGUUUUGUUGCAGGUGUAUGGCCAGAUCUGUGUGAUUUGAUUAUGUCAUUCAUGAACUCAUUUUUUGCGAGACAGAGGAAGGUGCAGCGCUAUAUGGACAUAAGAAAUAUACAAGUAUGUUAGAAACCCAUCACACUUCGGGGUUAGAGUUGUAGGAGAUAUAUUGGUGGAGAUGGACUAGUACUAUUGGGGUAUCGCGGUGCUCUUUUGGUUAUGUACAGAUUCGUUUUUUUGGAAUCAAAAUUAACCUUUUAUUAAGGUUUAUGGGUACGUAUGAUAUGACGCUAACAAUGAUAUUUUUGGUGUAUGUAACAAAAGUACCGAAGUAUUUGCUUAUUGAUAGUAUCAUCAUAUGGUGAAUUGUCACUAGAUAAA